AUGUCUUCUCCCCCACCACCACCCCCCGCUGCCCCAGUCGACGACCCAUCUCUCCAACACCCUCCUGCACCGCUCCGUCUCCCGCCGGGCAUCCCAAUUGACCCCGACCUGCUGCAGCCGUACCUGGGCUCCCUCAUCCAUCUGUCCGACUCCAUGACCGGCGUUGAGCUAGGAAACAUAAACAGCCCCACCACCGGCGAGGCACAGACCGAGCACCAAGAAGAUGUCACUCCAGCCCCGUACCAAAACGUCGAGCUCAUCCCCACCGACAUGGUCCAGCCCCUCACCCCCUCCAACCACUCCACCCGCGAGUCCGCCCCCAGCCCACCACCCACCAUCGAGCGCCCCCCCACCCCCGCCAGCACCCCGCGCAUCCGCCCGCUCCCGCUCCCCCCAUCCCCCAUCCGCCACCUGCUAAUCCGGCGCAAGCCGCUCCCACCCACCACCAUACUCCCCACCCACGCCGCACCCACGCCGCGGCCAACUCCCACCUCCCACCUCUACAAGGACUACCUGCACAAGCUCCCGCACACGCACUUCACGGAGCAUGCCGCGCCUGGGACGUGUCUUGCGUGCGACGUGACGACGGCGGUGACGCACUACACGUGCGACAGCUGCGGGCUGGCGCUGUGUAGUGUGUGCCACUACCUGAUCACCGAGGACGCGAUCCGCGGGUCGUUGCGGCUGCUGAUACAGCAUGCGGCGCGGUGGAAGUUUGGGUACAGCGCUGGGUUUUUGGAGCGGGAGAGGGCGGAGAAGGAGGCGGAGUGGGAGAGGGAGAGGGUGGAGGCGGAGAGGGAGAAGGAGAGGGUGAAAGAGAGGGAGAAGGAGAGGUUGGCGAGGGUGGUGGAGGAGGAGGAUGAGGAGGGUGGGGGGGUGUUGGUGGAUAUGGGCGAGGGAGUGGCGGAGAUGGUGCAGAGGAUGGAGAGGGGGAGGGGGGAGUUUCCGGGGGGGUUGGUGCAGGUCGGGAUGGGGGGUGAGGGGGGUGAAGGGGAGGAGGGGGAGGAGGGGGAGGUGGAGGAUAUUGUACUUUAG